AUGCAAAGAAAUCGAAUAGAAAGAACAUCUUCAAAACGAUGGCGCGGUUCUGUGCGGAGAAUUAUAGCUUCCUCUAUUUAUAAUCUAUCAUGUUUCACGCACGGCUGCAGCACUGGCUGGGUGUCAGGAAUACUAGGUAAUGAGGCUUUAACAGGAGGUGCGUGGUUAGCAGCUCUCCCUUGCCUCGUUGCUUUACCGGCUGCUCCAAUGUUUGCAGUACUCGCUGAUGUGAGGGGGCGAAAGGCUGGUGCAUUUUGUAUUGGACUUAGUUUCAUUUUUAGCUGGUCAUUAGCAGCAUGGUGUGGAGCUAAAGGCAUCUGGGCAGCCAGGGUUGCAGCCGGCGCAGGAGGUGCUGGUGCAUUAGCUCUCGCGCCAUUGUAUUGCGCAGAAAUUGCUCCUAGAACCAGGGGAUUAGCAGCUAUGCCUGCCUUGGCUUGCAGCUGCGGAAUUCUCUUCGCUUACUCGGCUGGCGGAAUAUUAUCUGCACACGCAUUGUCCUUGACAAUGGCUGUACCACCAGCCCUUCUUCUUUUAUCCUUAUUGUGGUUACCAGAAACUCCUUCGUUUCUUAUAAAUGUGGGGAAAAUUCAGGAAGCUGCCAAAGUUAUGUGCUGGUUUGAUGGCUCCGACUUCAGAGAAGAUUUGACUGAUGUAAUAGAACAACAAGAAGUCAGAAUACGCACUUCGGACAGCUACGGACGACGGGACGUCGUCUCUUAUGACUCCGAUACAUUCCAACCUAUGCUGAAGAGAAGUAGCGGUCUGGAAUCUAACUCUGACAAAAGAAGUGAGAAGACUGACAAGCCUGCUUGUAAGGAAUUGUUUGCUUGCCGCCGUUCCCGACGAGCUCUCAUUUCCUGCUUUGUGGUGAUCGGAGCUGCCGCAGGUAGCGGCGCAGGCGCAUUCAACAGCUUUGCUGCGGCAGUACUCAGGCAUUCAGCUCACCAAAUUCCAGUUCUUAAUACUACUGCAUACAACUUCACUAUUUAUAACGGAACGUUGCCAAGAAAUCUUUUUGAGGCAUCAGAAGCAGGCUCUAUGCUUUGUGGAACUGCUUUAGUGCUCGGUGCAGCAGUAGCGACUGCUACAGUCGAUAAAGUUGGACGAAAGACUCUACUACUCUGGUCGUGUUCUGGCAUCGCUUUCUGUCUAGCCGUCCUCGGCGUUUACUGCGACCCCCACCUCCAAAUACAUUCAUUCUAUAAACAUAAGCUUAUGACCUAUAAGAAAUUUACCAAAGAAAAAAGCAUCCGUGAUAAAAUAGACCUCCUAGAAAACCUAACCAUUUACAAUGAUACUUUAAAAUUCUCUAACGACACGAAGCCUUGGUACAGAGUUGGCGACAAUUAUAAUAUAUCAGAAGAUUUGCAAUGGACAGUGAAAUUGGAACAUAAUAUAGACAAGGAAGAGUUGACAGUUUGGUUGCCAGUUGUAAUGUUGUCUUUGGUACUCUUUUUAUACAAUAUAGGCCUUGGAUCAGUGCCUUAUGUGUUGAUAUCGGAAUUAUUUUUUGUAAACGUACGUAGCAUCGCUUCAAGUUUCCUCAUUGCAUGGAUGUGGCUAAGUAACUUCUUUGUUCUUCGAUAUUACGGGAGUAUUGCCUUCUCCAUUGGUCUCCACGCUACGUAUUAUAUUUGUUCGUUCAUCACUCUUCUGGGUGCCAGUUACAUUUACCUGACUCUACCAGAAACGAAGGGAAAAUCGCAGAGCCAGAUCGAUGCGUCACUGGAUGGGCCGUGGCUCUUGACCAUGGAAAGGAAGAAUGAACGAUGA